UCUUAUAAAGAAUUAAUGUUCGUAUUUCAGAAUUCAGAUAUGUUUUGGAAGCCAAGUGUUGCUGUGGUGAGUGAUGUUGCCACCUUCAUGAGAGACCUGGCUGCUGCUCUCACAGGCUACCAGUGUGAUGAAGAGUGGAUUACUUCCCUUAGAGAGAGAGAUGAAGCCAAGGAAGCCAUCAAUAUUAAGAUGGCUGAAGACAUGCCAGAGGUGCACUUAAAUCCCAUGAAAGUGCUCAAUGAAUUGGAAGAAUUGUUGCCAUCUGAUGCUGUGCUGAUUGGUGAUGGUGGUGACUUUGUAGCAACUGCUGCUUAUAUCCUGAGACCACGUGGUCCAUUAAUGUGGCUUGAUCCAGGUGCAUUCGGUACUCUGGGUGUCGGUGGAGGAUUUGCUUUAGGUGCCAAGAUUUGCCGACCAGAGUCUCAGGUCUGGAUUAUAUAUGGUGACGGUGCUCUAGGCUACUCCUUAGCUGAAUUUGACACAUACGCUCGUCACAAGACUCCAGUAAUUGCCUUGGUGGGAAAUGAUGCUGGUUGGACGCAGAUUGCACGGGAUCAAGUUCCUACUUUUGGAUCCAGUGUUGCUUGUGACCUAGCAUAUUGUGACUACGACAAAGCCAUGGAAGGCCUUGGAGCUAAAGGCAUUAGUGUUGGUCGUAAUGACAGUAUUCCUGACAAGUUGAAAGAAGCACAGAAGCUCCAUGAUGAGGGCUACCCAGUACUUGUCAAUGUCUUUAUUGGUAAGACCAAAUUCAGAGAGGGUAGCUUAUCUGUGUAAGUCAUGUGAAAUAUAUUUGCCUAUUGCACUAUGCCCAGUUGUGGAUGAUUCCUUGUUUCUUGUAGAUAUGCACUCUGGCUAUUGCACAAAUUCCAUUAAAGGUUAAUUAUUUAC